AUGGGAGCCGGUGUUAAGACACCUAGAAUCAAGACCAAGAAUUUGAUUUCUGUGAUUUUCUGCGAAGCCGUCGCAAUCUACGGCCUGAUCACAUCAAUCAUACUGAUUGGAAAAGUAUCUUCAGUUUCUAAUAUUGAAUCCUUGAGCUACGACGCGAAGGAACAGAUGAUAGUGUCAGGACACAUAAUAUUUGGAGCUGGUCUCGCAGUGGGUUUUGUCAAUUUAUUCUGUGGACUCGGUGUGGGGAUUGUUGGAUCCAGUGCUGCGCUUGCUGAUGCCGCUAAUCCUGCACUAGACCACUGGAGUUGUAGGUUCUUGGAGAACACGUCGCCAUAUAUGUGGGCAACCUUGGGUAUCAGUUUAUCUGUUGCUCUCUCAGUAGUCGGCGCAGCUCUCGGAAUUCAUACAACCGGAGUAUCGAUCGUCGGUGGUGGUGUAAAAGCGCCGAGAAUCAAGACUAAAAAUUUGAUUUCAAUUAUUUUCUGCGAAGCAGUCGCUAUUUAUGGUCUUAUUACCGCGAUUGUCUUGUCGGGAAUAAUCGCGGAGUUCCCGUGGAACGAAACGAUGAUGAGACCGGAGUUGAAGGAAAAAAAUUGGGUCGCAGGGUACGUGAUAUUCGGAGCUGGUCUGGCUGUGGGCUUUGUCAACCUCUUCUGUGGAAUAGCUGUCGGAAUUGUUGGAUCCGGAGCUGCUCUUGCUGACGCAGCAAACUCCGCACUUUUUGUCAAAGUUCUUAUUGUUGAGAUCUUUGGUUCUGCUAUUGGUCUCUUCGGGUUGAUUGUUGGCAUUUAUAUGGUUUGUUAA